UUAUCAUUCCUCAAUGGAAAUCUUCCCCAUUUUGGCCUUUAUUACGCAAAGGGGAUGAUUGGGAUUAUUUUAUUAAGGGAGUGAAGAAGGUCAAUUCUUUGAUAACUGAAAGAGGUAGAGGGGCAAAUGGUAUAUUUGGAGGUCACAAAGUAUUUGACAUGGUUGCAUUACGAAUCGAAUUUUAGAUACAUGUUAAUAAUAUACAAUUUGUCAUUUAUUUAUUUUUCAGAGCUAAAUGUUCAAAAGAGUGUGCAGGACAGUUUGAUUUCAUCAGGUGUGGACCUUUCAUCUCCAGAUAAUGCAGUGUUAGCAACAAAAAUGUGUGAAUAUAUCAUGAAAUCUAGAAGUGUGAACACCAGCAAGAAAUAUAUUUCAUCAUUCAGCAGAUGGUCAAAAUUCAUCGCAAACAAAGGAAAAUCAGCUAUACCGGCCAAUCCAUUUCACAUUUCCCUGUAUCUCACUCACUUACUGCACAUCGGUUGUUCUUUCCACGUCAUUUCCAGUGCUGUAUAUGCUAUUAAGUGGGCCCAUUCUAUUUUAGGCCAUAAGGAUCCAACAGAACACUCCUUCAUUAAAAAUUUAUUAGAGGCUUCCAAGCGUAAUAACAAACCUAAAGUUAUAAAAAAGGCAAUCGUCACAGCCAGUGAUUUAAUUUUAUUGUGUGAUAUUUAUGUCGACAGCACAAAUUUGUUAGAAGUGCGUGAUCUGUGUAUGAUUCUUCUUUCUUUUGCUGGAUUUUUACGUUUCGAGGAGCUUAGUUCUCUCCGUUGUUCAGAUUUAACUUUCAUGGACGGAUAUGUGAAAAUUUCCAUCAACAAAAGCAAAACCGAUCAAUAUAGACAAGGAAACGAAAUUUUAAUAUCUGCUGGUGUUACCUCGGCUUGUCCAGUUAAAAUGUUAAAUCGUUAUAUAUCUUUAGGAAGUAUAGACAUUUCUUCUGGUCACUUUUUGUUCAAGUCCGUGUUUAAAUCUAAAGACGGUUUAAAGUUAAUAUACAAAGACAAAAAACUUAGUUAUACCAGGGCCAGGGAGUGCAUUUUGUCAAAACUUAAAUCCGUUAUGGGAAACAUCAAUAUUGGUCUUCAUUCUCUGCGUUCAGGAGGUGCGACGGCUGCAGCAAAUUCCAAAGUAAACGAGCGAUGUUGGAAGAAACAUGGUAGAUGGGCAUCAGAUUCGUCCAAAGAUGGAUACGUGAAAGACAGCCUAGAAAGUAGACUUUCUGUUUCGAAAAAUUUAGGAUUAUGACUUGAAAUUUUUUCUUUGGUAAAUGAAAUAUGUUUGUAAAAAAAAAAAAAAAAGUUUUAUAUCAUAUAUUUCAUAAUAACUUGCAUUUUUGUUGAGUUUUUUCAUAGCGUUUACAACUUUUGCUUACUUUUGAACAUUUUAUUCUAAGCUUGUCUGGCUCACACCUAUGUUGUGUUGCGUUGAUAUAUAGAAGGGGGGUGGAUAGUAUUC